UAAGUUACGUAAGCAAGGUGAUAAAUAAGUUCAAAGUUAAGAAAUAUUAUAAGUAAUUCAUGCUAUAAACAGUUAAGAUGUGUGGGAUUGAAAUUUGCUCAGAGUGAGACAUCGUUAUCACAAGCGAUCUUUGUAUUGUAUGUGCGGAAAUGGGAGCGAGGGAGCGCUCUGAUCGUUUGCCUAUCUUUGACGUAUUUUCUCCGUUAAUGUUGUGAAAAGUGCUUCGGCUGUAUUAAAACCGUGAAUAAGCUCAUGUACACACUAAAAGUGCUCUACACGCUUGUACCUUGGGAAACGUUCGUCUUUCACAGAAAGGGAAGUGAAUGACCACAAGUUAAAAAAGUCAGAUUCUGAGGAAGCGUGGCGCUUUAUAAGCCUUCGUCAUUUUUCAGUGUUGUCUGUAGUCAGUGAUGCUGACAAAGCUGUAAAAUGUCUGAAUGUCUGCAGAACUUUGCUCUUGUGUGAACUUUACAAGAGGAGACAGAAAGAGGCUGUUACUCUGAAGUUAAGACCUCAAGUGUGAUUUGCCACAGCAGAGCUGCCUGGUAGAGACUGUUGGAUUAAGUCUGAAGUCAGGAUCUUGAAGUUUCAGCAUGAUGAGUCGUCCGCAGAGCUUCAUAGAAGGUGAAGCUGCUGACUCUCAGCAUGCAAAAUCAAACAGAAGGUCAAAGGUCACCACAGAGAGAGUGGCACUGGUGGUUCUCUGUAUCCUGCUGGCAGCUGCUCUCAUCGUUAUUUAUCGUCUCUCGUUUGACAAAAUUAGAACGAACAAAGAGCUCGAAAACCUGAAACAUCACAAAAUGAAGUGUGAAAGAAAUUUCACAGAGACUCUCUCUAAGAUAAAAUCAUGCAGCACGGUGCAGCCGACCUGUCCAGGACCUAAAGUAAUAGAUGAUCCUUGUUAUAAAUGUGAAGCAGGCUGGGAGCUACAUGGAGGAAAGUGCUAUUACUUCUCCAACAAUAAAUCAUCCUGGAACAAGAGCAGAGAUGAGUGUAGAGCUAAAGGAGGAGACCUGGUUAAGAUAGACAGCAGAGAGGAGCAGAGUUUCCUGGAGAGAAGACUGAGAGAUGUAAUGACUAGAGAUGAGGACAAGUUCUGGAUCGGACUGACAGACUCAGCAGCAGAGGGCAGAUGGGUGUGGGUGGACGGAUCAUCACUGGAUCAAAGUUUGAAGUUUUGGAGUCGCAACGAGCCAGACAAUUGGAAAGGGCACAAUGGUGAACAUCCUGAUGGAGAGGACUGUGCGAGGAUGGGAGCAAAAGACAACAUCUGCCGUAUUGUGGACCGCUCAGAGUCUCCCCCUCCAGCACUGCUAAUCCAGACCCCGCCGACUCCUCCCCCCUCUCCAGGAUGCUCACAGGACUCUGCAGGAUCACACCCCUCUGAGGAAACGGAAAUCAACAUUAAACUCGCAACCUUCCCCAUGCUGUCGAUGGCACUGAAUGAGUAUGUGCAGGAGAUAUGUUAUGGAUGCCCCAGCCAGUUACAGCACAGUUGCUUGUUUGAAUUGCCUGUUUUUGUUCGAGACCUACUAUGAUGAGGUGACGGAAAAGCUCCAGACGCCCCGAUUCAUCCCAGCCAUCCAUCUGUUUGUAUCCUCAUACAGCGUCUGUGAGACUAAAGCCCAAAUCAUCAGCACUGCAGAGCGUCUUCUGUGUGAACUGAGAUCAGUGCCGCACAUUGUAUGCACCAUUGAUGAGAAUGUCGGAUACCUGCUAAAUACCAAUCAUCACACCCGCGGUGUUAAAUCAGCGCUGCUCCACAUGGUUGGAAACUACUGGUCUGGGAGACACAAGAUUUAAUGUACAUCUGUUAUAAAAACCUUACUGUGCACUACACAGAAAAUUAAAUAAAAACGUAUGUUAACACUU